AUGUUGGAAUUUGAAUCAGUGAUACACGAAAACGUCAAAUCACUAUGUUAUCUCACAGUACGCCUUUGGGCGACACACUGGCUUCCGCUCUCUCAAGGAGCCUCGGACACCACUUACCUGGAAAUUGAGACUUAUAUCUACGUUCGAGUACUCCCGAGUGACGAGACACUUUCCUCUAUUGAUCUAUUUGGUGAACAUGUUACCCACUCUAACCUCGUAGACAAUCCGGAAUUUGCGCAUAGUCACCAGAUGCAGCAGAUGAUCCAAAGUCCUUCAAAGCUCAUUAGAGAGGUCAAAUGCAAAGUGCGAAACAUCUUUGAUGAACAUCAGCGUCUGGGGCUCGAGUCUAAGUCUAAGUCUCACUUUGGAGAAAUUAACUGUUCUUUGAAAAGGCCAAGGGCUAUAUACCCUGGAAGAUCGGCCAACAAAGACGCCCCUCAGAGUGAAAAGAGCUUGGAACGCUUGAAAGAUAAUGCCUUUUUUCUUAUGAUGGCUGGUUCCCGGCGCUCCUUAACAAGCACUUGCAAUUGCCUUUUUCCAUACAUUCAAUAA